AUGAGACUUUUGCAGGUGUCCUUGUACAGACGAAAAAAUAGACAGCAGAACGUGGGCAACACAAUCUUCUUCUAUGGCGCAGCAGGGUUUGCCUUGGCUGUUGCAGGAGCUGCCUGGGUUGUACGGCAGCCAGCUGGGACAUACACACCACAGCAGCACUCUCUGCGAGUGGCUCCCCUGUUCUUGGAACCUCUGCUGGCGUACCUACUGUACUACAUUGUGCUUGGCUGCCUGAGCCUGUACCACAGGCGCGAUAGAUUGAAAUUGGAUUCCCUGAACAAGAAGCUGCGCAAGAUGGUCACAGAACUGAAGGAUUCAACACACUAUGAGCAGACCCUCAAGCUUCUCGAGAAGUUUGAUCCUGAUUAUGUGCCGCCGACACCGCGGAAGCAGCAGCAGCCACUGAUGAGGAUGGGUUUGGGGACGCCAAGACAGCUGGCGGAUCCUCAGGGAAGGGGAGGAGAGUUGGUGGCACACCGGCGGAGCAGUCUGGGACCGCUGCAGCACGUGACAGAUGCGGGCAGGACUCUCAUGCCCGCAUUUGACAAGCUCGCCAACACCCUCAUCGGCGACAACCCAGCACUGACCCAGGCUUUGAGGGCGGCGCAGUUGGAGGUGGGGGAGCUGAGGAGGAGGAAUGGUCAGGCAGAAGCGCGCAUUGCGGAGCUGCAGAGGGACAAUGCAGAGCUGCGCAUGCGGCUGGGGUUGGCGCCGGAGGAGGAUGGUGCACCCAAGUGCUUGCCGUGGCGGGAGGGUGCAGGAUCAGAGCAUGGGCAGCAGGACGGUGGGGGAGGGCGGCAGGAUGCUGACAACGGCGUGAUCAUUGAGGAAGCUGAAGAUGCCCCGGAGGAUGCAGGGGAGUUUGCUGCAGAUGGGGGUGUGGAGAAGGAGGCACCAGUAGAGAUUGACUAG